UCAAUAACCCCACUCUUUGACGUCUUUGUAAAUUGUACUCACACAAUUUUUCUUUUAAAAAAAAUUACUCCUAUUAUUAACAAUAAAAUAUUAAUAGUUUCAUUAUUUAUUUUUUACAAUAAUUUGUUUAUCAAGUUAUCACCACCUGUGCCUCGAUCCUAGGAAAAACUCUCAGAUUUGAAUCAGGAGAAGUCUCUUCUCCUCAUUCCUUCCCUUUCUCUCCACUAUUUCUAUCCAACUUUUCAUUCGUUCCCAAUUUCUCCUUUUGCUCUCAAAAGUUGAAACCUCUUCAACAUCCCCACAACUCCUUUCUCCUUCUUCGUCUUCUCUAUAUGCCUCAGCUCAUCAGUGUUUAAAAUGCAGCAGAAGAAGCAGUACUUGCAUGAGCUUCUGAGAGAAGAGCAAGAGCCCUUUCAGCUCAACACUUACAUUGCCGACCGGAGGUGUGAGAACCGCCGCCUUCCGCCGCCGCCCAAAACCUCUGUUCAGCUCAAGAAGUGCUCUGCUACGAAGCGCAGUCUCUGUAAACAUGCAUGUUUCUUCUCCUUCCAAGAUUCCUCCUCGCCGGAUGUUCGCAAGUCUCCUCUCGCCUUUCCCUCGCCUCUCUCCGCUUCAAGAACGCCCAAUGGGCGGGUGAGGCUUAACGUUCCGGCCAGAACGGCGGCUCUGCUUCUCGACGCUGCUUUGAGGAUUCAGAAGCAGCAACAACAGGGUGAGAAAAAGGCGAGACCCCAGAUUGGUUUGGGGCUGUUUGGGUCGAUUCUGAAGCGGUUGAAGGACCGAAACAGGAACAAAAAGAGGGAGAUUAAGAACGCUACUGAUCAGAGAAAGGAUGAUGAUAAUGUGGUAAAUGAAGGUGUGGAGGUGAAGAAGGGAAAUGGUGGCGAUGAAAGUUUGGGUGUUUCUUAUAGCAGGCUUAGUAGCGCCGGCUGGUCGGAGAGCAACGAAGAGAAAUCUUUGGAUUUGGAGACUUCCAGUAGUUGCAGGUCUGAAGAAAUUGAUGAGGAGAGAAUCUUCUGUUCAAGCCCUCUAAGCCCUUUCAGAUUCUCCCUCGAAAGAUGCGAAUCUUCUGGUCGCCGAACGCCGGAGUUCUCUUCUCCGGCGGCCUCUCCCAAUCUCUGCCGACGACAGGACAAAGAAAAUUAUGAAAAUGGAGAGAUGGAAAAUGGUGAACAAGAAGAGGAGGAUGAGAAGGAACAAUGCAGUCCAGUGUCGGUAUUGGAUCCUCCAUUUGAGGACGAUGGGGUCGAGGAGGAGGACGAUGAAGGGCAUGAUGAUAGCGAUCUUGAAUGCAGCUAUGCCAUAGUACAAAGAGCACAGCAGCAGCUGUUGUACAAGCUUCGAAGAUUUGAGAAGCUAGCGGAGUUGGAUCCAAUCGAGCUCGAGAAGAUAAUGCUCGAAGAAGAAGAAGAAGACUAUGAGGAUAAUGCUGCAGAGUGUGAUGGUGUUGCAGAAUGUGUAGAUCACGAGUCCUUUUCAUCAUCCCGGGGUGAUGAUGAUGAAGAUAUCGAGGGGUUUGCGAGCAAUGGCAUCAUCCCUUUGGAGAUAAAAAGGCUGGUUUCGGACCUAAUUUCAGAGGAGAAGACAGAGACAAACCGGGAAGUCGUGUGGGGGAGAGUAUGCAAGAGGUUGGAUUCAUGGAAGGAAGCGAAAUCAGAGACCAUAGACAUGAUGGUAGAAUUGGACCUGAGAACAGCGUCGUGUGAGUGGAAGAGUUUGCGCGAGCAAGUGGAAGAAACAGCGAUGGAGAUCGAGGUUGGAAUCUUUGGAUCACUGGUAGAUGAAUUCUCAGGGGAGCUCAUGAAUAAAAUUUUGACUUAAUCUACAUAAUAAGAUUAGUUUUUAAUUUGUUACUUAGUUGAAAUGGAGGAUAAAUAAACUAACAUGCAUUGAGGGAUAUGUUAGGCUAAUUUGUGAGACCUGGUUAGGUGGCCGGUUUCUAUACAUGGGGGGGUUUUAUUGUUGUAGUGACACUGUGACAGGACAUUUCCUCAUGUUGGUGUACCAUGUAUGACAAGUGAAGUUUAAUCUAUCCUUAGCAUAUAUAAUCAUAUCAUAUCAGACACAAA